AUGUCAUCGAAACAGUGGGUCGUAGGCUAUUUUAAAAAGGAAAAUAAAUAUUCUGUGAUACCGUUUACUUGGAUUUUAAACUGUGGAAAUGUUAAUUUAUCUAAAUGGCCAAUGUAUGGUAUAGUGGACUCAAUGAUUAUGGAAGCAACUUAUCCAGAGUUAGAUUGGCCAACUUUUCCAGUCCAAAUAGUUUCACAAAUAUUCAACACAUUUGAGGAUGCUAAGAUAAAAGAAAAAGAACUAUUCUUGUCUGCAUCCGAAUCUGAAAGUCCAGUAAAAAAAAAAAGAAAAAGCAGAAAGGUUUAUCCAGCACAAAUUGAAGUAGAAAGUGACAGUGCUUGUAGUAGUACACACACAACUCCCAUAAAAGUUUUGAAAACAAAGCAUGUAGAAGACCACCAACAAAGUGGAUCUUCAGCUUAUGCCGAACUGCAGAUAAAUCAGAUUUCUGAUCAGUUAUUACCCAGCAACAUUAUUUCUUCAUCCAUGAACACUUUAUACGACACUGAUGCUUAUACUGCAGAGAAAGAGUUACCUAUGUUUGAAUUAAACACUCAGAGUGUGGACCAUUCCAUGUCAAGCGUAUCAACAGAAAAUCAAGAAGAAUUAAUUAAAAAGUACGAUGACAAUAUGAUGAACAAUUUAUUUAAAAAUGUAAUUUCUAUACUGGCAUAUAUAAAACGAUUGGACAGCAAAAUAGAUUCAUUAAUUCAAAACAAUAAUAAUGUUCAGAUAAAUCAAACUUUUAACAAUAAUUUCGAGAAAAUCUUUCCAUUAAAAAAUGUAGAAGCCGUGGAUGACAUGGAAAAUAAAUUAAAAUUGGAUGAAAACACUUCUGGUCAACUGAGGAAUUUACUGCAAAAAAUUGGUGGCACAGGACUUAAAAACUUUGUUAAAAGAGUUUUGGAAAGAAUAUUCACAAAUGAAUUAUCCACAAAAUAUUCAUGGACCGGGUUUAAAGAUAAUCAUGCUCUUAGAAAUUUAAAAAUUAUAAAAAUCAUGAAAGAUGUUGCCAAUAGUACUUUUUCUGAAACUGAAGCUAAUUUUGAAGCACACAUUAAAGACUGGUUUCGUCAUGGUUCUCAAAGAUAUGCAAGAGAACAACAAAAAGAAUCUUUAUAG